CUCAAAUUUUGUGUUUUGGGUGUGAGUUUUUCAUCAAUUUGGAUUAAGAUAUAUCGGAUUAACUCGUAGGAUUUUAUACAGACCAUUACACCGUUGUUAUUUGUGCAUUUUAGAGACUUUGGAUUUACUUUGUGACUGCAUUUUAAACCAUUCUGAUUCUGUCUGGAUUAAUACGGUUAUUGUUUCACAAGUUGUUUAUCGGGUGGACGAACGGAAAUUGAAAAAAACUGUGAUCGGUUUAAAAUAAAAGGAUUUUAUCGCUUAAAAGAAACAUCAACCUCAUCAAGACAUAUCUGAUGUUUUUAAGACUUUGACUGGAAUAUUCUGAAGCUCGUCCAUGAGUAAGACGUGGGUGACGCCCUCGAAAUCAGAGUUCUAACGUGGGUGACCUCAUCAUGACCAUGGAGGCGGACACUCGGCUUGGCCUUUUGACCCAGUUACUUCUCUUUGCGUUGUUGUGGCAACUGACUCUUGGCUCGGAUGGUUUUGCUCCUGAAUGGUCCUCGAUAUUGUUGCGUGAUCGACAGGUAUAUGUCAACGACUCCACCAAACUCCUGUGCAGGUUUAAGGGAGCCCCCAAACCCUACAUCGAGUGGUAUGCAAAUGGAGAACGUCUAGGACCGUCCAAAAGGUUCAAAAUAGCCAAAUAUUCCCUGAAUCUUAAAGAUAUUAAACCCAAAGACGCGGGUAGUUAUGCCUGCAAAGUUUGGAACCAGUUUGGCUUCCUUUGGGGAAACUUUACUCUCAAAGUUUUAAACAAUACUGAAAGUCCAACGCCUCCUGACUAUUACAUUGAAGUCCCUGAAGAUAUCUUUGAAGAUCUGAAAAGUAAACCAGCAUUUUCAAGAAAGAAGGAUUAUUCCGACUAUGUAAGCGGAUCUGCAACAAAAUCCGUGACGCUGGACUGCGACGCAAUAGGGUAUCCUGAUGCGAACAUCACAUGGUACCGAACAACAAAACUGAGUAACGGAAUUCCGGAACCAAAUGUGCCAUAUAAACCCAAUAUGCGCCAAACUGGGCUCCAGCCAAUCAAUUACAGCAAUUCCAAGUACAAAAAGGAAGGCUGGAAGUUAACAAUUGAAGACCUUGCGCUGGAAGACAAGGGGAACUACACUUGCAUUGUAGCUAACGAACUUGGCUCAAUCAACUGGAACUUUACUGUGGAGGUCCUUCAGCGUCUUCCAAUCGCCCCGAUUGUGGCUGCGUUGGAGAACCAGACUGCUGUGGUCGGUGAGGACGUCAUGUGGACGUGUCAAAUCGUGCUGAGCGACUCGCAACCAAUGUUGCAAUGGUUACAACAUUACCAAGUCAACAACUCGUGGACGAAUGAAAAAGGCCAGCCACAUGUCAAGUUGUUGCAGCAAUCUGGGUUUGAGAAGACUGUAGAUGACCCACAACUCCUUGAGCUAAAAAAUGUCUCUGUGAAUGACGCGGGCUGGUACACAUGUCUUGCAGCUAACUCCGUCGGAAUGAACUACCGCAGUGCUUACCUCACUGUUCUUACUGUCGAGGAAGCCGAGAGACUGAAUGCAAUGAACACCACAGUAAGUCAGGCCAUAGUUGGCUCCCCUGGGGACAAGAUGCCCGGGAAAACCAUCCUCUUCAUCGGCCUGAGUGCCGGGGCAUUGCUGAUGUUGAUCGUCGUCAUAACAGUCAUGGUCUGCAAGUUCCGACGCAAGCCAAAGUACCGCUACGCUGAUGUGAAGCGAGUAAUUGUGAUGAGAUCGAAUGACCUGUACUAUCCUGACGAGGGAAUACCAGGAGCGGAACCAAUCCAAUUUCCCGAAGUGCGAAUCGAGGGAACGGGACGUAGGAGACGAUUUUCCUCCGACUUGACAAUGGCUUCAGAGUAUGAACUCCCACUAGACAGCAAAUGGGAAUUCCCGAGAGAUCGGCUAACACUGGGGAAAGAACUUGGCUCAGGAGCUUUUGGGGUCGUGCGGGAAGGGUCUGCGAUUGGGAUGAGUAACCGCCAGGGAUCUACAACAGUUGCUGUUAAGAUGUUAAAAUUGGAUGCCACAGAUCGUGAGAUGACUGAUUUGAUGGUGGAGAUGGAGAUGAUGAAGAUUGUUCGUGGACACAAGAACAUCAUCUCCCUCCUCGGCUGCUGUACUCAGAAUGGUCCCCUUUAUGUCAUUACGGAAUUUGCGCCACAUGGAAACCUGCGUGAUUACCUACGAUCCCGACGACCCUUUACCUCCGACUACAUGAAGCCUUCCGUAUUAAUGGAUUACGAAAAACCGCUUAUUCAGGAGAAACCGCUAACAGAAAAGGACUUGAUAUCAUAUGCCUAUCAAAUUGCGAGGGGCAUGGAAUAUUUAGCUUCAAGAAUGUGCAUUCACCGUGAUUUGGCAGCCAGAAAUAUUUUGGUGUCGGAAGAUCUGGUAUUGAAAAUUGCUGAUUUUGGUUUGACGCGGAACCUUUCCGAAGUGGACUAUUACAGAAAAUGUGGGGAUGGUCGUCUACCAGUAAAAUGGAUGGCACCAGAGGCGUUAUUUGACCGUCGGUAUACAACUAAGAGCGACGUCUGGGCGUAUGGUGUUCUUCUUUGGGAGAUCUUCACCCUCGGAGGUAACCCGUAUCCAUCAGUCCCUGUUGAGGACUUGUUCGAACUUCUACGAAACGGGCACCGGAUGGAUCGACCCCCGUACGCGAGUCAUGAGGUGUACCAGAUCAUGUUGAACUGUUGGCAGCAGCUGCCAGCAUUGAGACCGACCUUCACUGACCUCGUACAGGAGAUGGACCGGAUUCUAACCAGCAAGGCCGGGAACGGAGAGGAGUACCUUGACUUGGAACCCUUCGAGACGGUGUUGAUGUCGUCAUCCGAUAGCCAGUAUUCCUCCAUGUCUCAUAGUACGGCGAACAGCGAGUCCGACAUCUCCUCAACCAUUGUGUAGUCAUGGCAACUGGCUUGUGGUUGCCAGCCACUGAGCUUUUUCUCUUUGUGACCAUGCAGUUACUCCCAGUAGUCAUAUAAAUCUUGCACUUUGGUCAGUUGUCAUAAAAGAGAAAUGGUAAUCGUCAUGGAAACCAACUUGACAUUGGUUUAAAAGACCAUACAGUUACUACCAGUAGUCAUAAGAAGCCCUCACUAUGGUUAGUUUUGGAAAACAAAUCUAAAUACUGAUGUACAUUUCUUGUCAGUGCGAGGAUGGAUCAAACUGCUAUCUCUGUGAUGAUGAACAAAUGCGUGGCAACUAUGCUGAAUGUGGUCGUUGUGGUUGUGUAAGGGUUGCUAAGAAAUAAAUGUUUCUGAACUUAAAACCAGUGCCAUAGCAACCAUUUAUAGCUGUUAAUCUGUUUCCAUGGCAACAACUUGGCUGUGUAAAAGAACUAGUGCCAUGACUCGUUAGUCUUGUGUGCAUAAAUGAAUAUGGCCAAAAUUCUCGACUUUCCUAGCACGUAGCUUUAAAUCCAGGCACUAGUGAUCUUUCACUUCAGUGUCGCAUAAGUGGUAUUUAAACUGACUCCAAUGAGCCGGUUAGACUUAUGUAUUUGAUUUUGUGUCAAAUAUUGUAUGUUAAAUAGUAUAAGUUCAUGUUAAAACUGAGUUUUUCAGACGUAAAAAAAAUAUUGGUGCUGUUAUUGUGUGUAAUGAACUGAGGUAACAUUUAGUGUACAAGUGGAAGGCAUUGAGUACUUCAUUGUUUUGUUCCGAACAAUGCUAGAUGCAUCAGAUUGGAGUUCAGAAGAUUACCUUACAACGGUUUUGAAAGUUUUAAAAGUAAUAGAAGAUACUUCAAGCAAUUAGUGACAAUGUGACAGUAAGUUGUGAAGGUUUUGUGAUAGUUUGAACAUAUGAACAUGAUUCUUGCGAACGUUUUUUCUAUAACGUCGAAGGUGAACACUUAUUGGUGAUACUUGUAGAUGGUUUAACUUUAAUGUCGGAGUUGAACACUUAUUAGUGAAGCGUGUAGAGGUGUAGAUGUUUGAACCUUACUGUCUUGAGUUGGUAAAUAGGUUUGGAUCAGGUAUGGAAAAGUGCUGUAUUUAUCCACAGAAAAUAAUUGACUCCUUGUCAGUGGUUGCAAUUUCGAUGUUUGUUGGUCUGCAACAAGAAGUGUAGUAAGCGACAUUAUGGUGUGGGAAGUAUUGGUUGUUUUUGCAGAUGAUGAACGGCGUCAUAGACAUAUAAACAGUGGAUUAGAAAUUCCCUUCUGCGCUACGUAGAUCAUUUUGAACACUCAUGACAAUGGGAGAUCUCAUCCGCGAUAAUAAUUUUAGGGGCAGUUUAGCUGAUACAUGUUAAGCAUGGGUUAAGGAUCGUUAGUUUACUAAUUCAUCAAUAUUGACCGUGACUAUACAUAGACUAAUGAGAUUCAACAAAUACAAACAAAUUAAUUUCUAAUUACAUGGAAUCUUCGAUCUUUGGCUUAAUUUCCCCCACGCUUUCUGAAAGCAUAUUAACAAUAUGGGGCAAACUAUUUCUUCUUAUGGUUUCAUCAGUAUGGCCAACUUCCAAUCCAUGGUUAAUAUGUCCGUGACCGUUUUGAUUAUUGCAUAAGGGAUAAGACUUGUAUUAGAUGUAUUACUGUAGAAACAACAAAAAAUACUAAGUAACAAAAACAUUUUCUUAUAUGAAUUUUGAUAGGUUUUAACCGAGCUAAAACCUAGCUUGUUUCUCAUUUUCUGUCUUGCUUAAAAUAUUUACAACAAAUGUGUUCAAAUUGAAAGAGGCUGCCAUUUAGAUAUUUUUCAUGACUAUUUUUAGCUUCCUCGUAACAUACUCAGUCGUUCGUUUACAAGUGUUUAGAUCUUGGGAGAGAGAUAGACGUCCUUUUUAUGAAAUUCUGUAUUUAAUGCUGUAAUGUGUUCAGUUCAGGAAAUGGCAUCUUGUUUAUAAUUUAUGAUAAUGCUGUUUAUUGUAUUUUCUGUAAUACUAUGUCAGUUUUAAAUCCAUCUUAAAAUCAUUUUUUGCCAUAUCUGUAUAUUUUGCACAUAAUCUAAAUGUUAGAAAUCCAGUGUCUUACUUAAAAUGUAGCUUGUAUUUAUUUCAGCCAUGCAUUUACAUUGUUCAUAACAUAUUUCUAAGAUCUGGACUGUAGUUCAUUAAUUAUCAACACCUGGUAUUCAUGACUCGUGUUUCAAUAUUUUAUUUCAAUGCAUGGUAAACACCUAUUAAACACUGAACUAAACGAAAAAGCAUUGUAUGCAACUUAGUGCUUUGUUAAUACCUUUCAUGAUGUUUCAUUGUUCAUAUUGUUUCAAAUUUCUUUUUUGUAGUUCAUUUUGUCUCGUUGACAUUGGUAGUUGAUUUACCAUUAAUACCAAAGGCAUUGAAUGUUACAAAUGUUAACAAACUUCUUUUUUAUCAUUUUACAAGUUUACGUGGAGGAGGAUACCUUCUGAUGUUUAAAUUGUUAUUAUUCAUUGUUGUUACAAUUUUGUGUUGAACGCACAAUGAGGCAAAUACAUGCAUUGUUUACCUUGUAAAAUAUGAACGAGGUCGGCUCGAACUCCCUGGGAUCAGGGAAAGUACCUUGUGCUAAAUUGGAAAAUUUGAGCCAAGCGGGAAUGCUUUAAAAUGGUCCUUUACAUCUUCUUCUAGCCAUUGAAGAAUAGGAGUUUGAGCUAACACAUUUGGCUGUAGUAAGAGUAACUUGUUCCUUGUAUGUUAAAAUAAAUAGUAUCUUUUUUAAAAGCUUUUUUCUUGUUUUUAAAAAAAAUCGUAACCAGAAUCAAGUGUUCUUAACAUAUGUUAAGCUUAAUACAAAAGUCAUGUUUUUAAGUAUCUUUUUUAUGCGUAUUGCUUAGUUUUUAAAUGGUAACCAUGGAAACAAUGGCAUAACUUCUUUUAUUUUAGUUAUUUUAAUUUCAUUUUUAAAUGUUUUAUUUUGUACAUAAAUUGAGAGAAACGCGAGGAUUACAAUAAAAUAUCAACACAAAUUUCAUAUUAAAUGUCUUUGUUGUUCUUAAAAGUGCUUGUUUUUGCUUUCAAAUUUUCUUACUUGAAGAAAAUGAACAAUUCCAAGUCAAGAAUGUGCCUCCGAAUACAUGGACAAGUGGGCAUGAAAUUUCCAUUAAUCAAUCAUUUUAUUCUGAUAAGAGAGCAUUUUUGUUGCCUUCAGGGGAAAUUUUUUGAUCUAACCAACAUGCUUACUGUAUCAAAUUGUUCAAUUAAAAAAAUACAGUGCCUGAUUUUUUAUUAAAUCAUUUAUAAUUUAAGUGUAUGAGUAAAAAAAAAAAUCCACAAGCUCACUAAAAUGAAUCUCCUCAUAUUUGAAUUUCAUCAUCAAGUAGACUUUGUGUCAUGGAAAUGUUACAUUUUUAUCUAAGUCAAAAUUAGUUUAUAUACUGUAGUUUUUUUUCUUGUAAAUAAAAUUUAUUGGACACUUGUGUAAAUUUUAGUUCUGUAAAAAAUAAAUAGUACGUAGAAUGCGUGGCUGCAAAUAAGAAAUGUAAAAGCAAAUAAUAUUUGUGUAGAUAGAUUGUGUGAACAAAUAUGUACAUUUAUAUUAUGUACUUAAUUUAAUUGUAACAAAUUAUUUAAAAAAAAAAAUACGAAAAAAUAACCAACAAAACAAAUAACCAAACUCAAAGUAACCUGUUUAAAUUUAACCUUUCUCUUUUGCAGUCAUGUUUUAGUAGUAACUACCACAAUUUUACACCAGCCUGUGUUCAUACAUUGUAUAGGUUAUAAUUUUGUUUUGUUCCUUUUAAAAGUAUGAUGAUUUUUUAUUUGCUAUAUACGAGUACAACUAUGAUUAGCAAUGCAUUUUAGAGGCAUAUUGUUAUAGUGGAAUUUGACCUGAAUUUAAGAGCAUACUGUAGUAGUUGUACCUGACCUGAGACAUUUUCUUUAAUGGUUGUACCUGACCUGAGACAUUUUCUUUAAUGGUUGUACCUGACCUGAGACAUUUUCUUUAAUGGUUGUACCUGACCUGAGACAUUUUCUUUAAUGGUUAUACCUGACCAGACAUUUUAGAGGCAUACCGUAAUCUGAUCAGACUGCUUUGAUAUCUUUGUGAACAAAACUAUUAUUUUAAGUUAGUGCCAAGUACAGUAUAGAACAAUAUGGAUGUGUAAAUGUGUUGUUUUUAAAUAUGAAAGGUCUUGUUUGGUAGAAUAAUGUAAAAUCUGAAUUCUUUAAUCAUAUAAAAUAGAAAAAUCUGAAAUAAGGAAAAAAUCUUCCAAUAAUUCAUAAUACUUAUAUUUUAGUGUUCUUAAAAAUCUAGGUGAAAUGUUUUGGAAGAUAUCUGAUCAUGUUGCACCCACUUUGGUGCAGUUCUUGUUAUUAACAUUUUCUUUAUUUGCUGUUUUGUUUUUGUAUACUUUCUGUUUCCCCCUUGUUCUUGUAAUCCUAAUCCUAGUUUUUAUAUGGCAAUGUUUCCAUGUGUCAAACCCUACAAACCACGCUAAGAUCUCUUUAGUUGUUAGAAUACUAACUAAUCAUGACAAACCGCAGUGUUCAAAAACCUUCACAGGGACUUACAGUUCAAAUCUUUACCUUAGAUUAGCUUAUGCAUUGAAUAUUUUUACAUAAGACCAGAGAAAACUCAUGUGAACAUUCUCAUCCCCAACAGCCUCUGUCCCAAACAUACUACCCGAUAUAAGCAGACUACCCAAUACCGAUUUUUUUUAAUAAUGUGGCCUUGACAGUCUUCCAACACAAAUGUUAUGCUACGAAGUCAUGCCAGAUUGAAAAUUUGUCCCAUGUAAAAAAAUAUGUUGUUUAGAUGCCAAGUGUAAGCUAUAAUAUUUUGAGAUCAAAACCAAAUUUUCAGACUUUUAUUGAAUUUGAUUAUACUACAUGUUCAAAACCUUGAAGUCAAGGAAGUUUUUAUCUUCAGUAAUGUUUUACUAGACUUUGUAACAUAUAUAGGGGAUGACAUCUCCAAGUAUGGUACAACUUUAUAGUGGAAGACCUCGUACGACUUGGUGUGAAAGUGGUCAAAAAAUGCUAAAAUGUAAAGUACCUAUUUCUAAAUAUCAAAUAUAUCCCCCUUUUUAAUCCGGAUGAGUAUCUAAACAUGAUUUUUCUCUUGUCUUAAUGUUUAUCUCAUUGUAAUUCUUCAUUUUCAGUCACAAGGAAGGAAUCUCUGACUAUCUCCAGUUACACUGAGGAUUUCAGUGUUGUUUUUAUUAUUUACUUGUUAACCUUUUUUGGAGCUUUAUAAUCAUGUCAUGUUUCAUUGGAUGUUCUGUUAUGUAAUUUGUAAAUUUUGUGAAACAAAAAUAAAAUAGUUAUUAAUGAA